AUUUGAGAUAAAAUGUCAGAUGCAUUCGACUGGAUGUCAGACCCUUUUGACGAUGAAGCCAGACUCUCCAUCAAGAAAGUGAAGACAGAAGAAGAAAUCAAAAAGUUUAUGACUAGAGAGGGCUUGUCUGAAAUAGGCCGAGCAGUCCUCCUGCUCAAGAAAGGCUACGGGGUCCAGAAAACAUCAGUGAUCAAUCAUUUACACAGGUAUCUGCAAGAAGAUGGAGACAAAGAAGAGCUCCUCCUCAUCAUCAUUGAGUCCAUGAUCGACUGGGACGAAGUCAUGCAGCUUGAAUGAGCCACCAGUUUUGUGAAGCCGCUAGAAAUGAAACUGAUUGACCCAGAAAUACUCCAGAACCUUGUCAGCAAAGCAAUAACGUUGAUAUUUGAGCUCGAAGAUAACGACGACUUGGUCAGAGCCUGGUGCAAAGUGUUUACACUGUCGGUGCCCCAGUGUGACCUCGACUACCUGGUCGAAGAAGUGGUCCCAAUUCUGAUGCCUCUUACAUCUGUCACCGAAAAGAAACUCUCCAAUCGAUUGCUGUCUGGUGAGAUGCUUUUAGAAAUUUGCUCUGUUUAUGGCCAAAGAGCUUUCGAGCGACACAAGAAGCUUGUCUCUCUGACUUUCUCACUCUGCGGUGACAUCAUCAACUGGAAAAUCAGACAAAUGGGUGCCAACAGACUCAGAAGGAUCGUCGAACAUUCACCGCUGUACUUGAGCGAAGAGCCUGGAUUCUACGACAUGGUCAUCGACAAGUUGCAGGACUUGCUCUGUGACGAAGAGAACUUUGUCAAGAUGGAAGCACUUGAAACCAUUCUGUACUGCACAAAGCAUAUCAGCAAACAAGACUUCCAACAACGUCUAGAACCUCUGAUCGUCGAUAUUCUUCGCAAAGAAGUGCUUGAACAUGAAGAAGUGCUCUACUCGAUGGCAACUCUGUGUGGACAGCUGAUGCACCAGUUGCAGAGCAGCGAGCUUGAGCAUGGGCUUCGGACAAGCGUGAUUGAGUUCUUCGAAGGACUCCUCAACAACCAGAACGACCAGUUGCGCAAGAAAGCAGCCUACAACUUCUCAUACUUCUUCACCCAGCUUUACUCCGAAGAUGGAGGCAGCACAGAACCUACCGAAGAAGAAUUUAAGUGACCAAUUAUGAGUUCGCAAUGGGUGGAGUAUACCAAAUAAACUGGCUCAUGAUGACUCUGAAGAAAUCAGAAUUAUAAUGGCCGCUUGCUUCAAAGACAUUUGACAAAAAGUCAUCUCUGAAAACCAGAAACUUGGGUUUUGCAAAUAAACUGUUGUUUGAGUUUUUGCAAGACACCAACGACCAAAUUAUGAGCAUCAUGGUCGAAAACAUAGAAUGCUUUAUCGACAUGUUUAAGAACGAAACAGACAUCGAGCCGUGGGAGGAUGUAGAAAUUGUGCCAGAAGACGACGAAGAAACCAAGAGUCAAGAUCAUAAAACGCCUAAAGUUCUCAUCAAAGGCAAAAAGAACUCCAACUUGCAAGUUGCUCGUUUCGAUGAACUUUCCAAGAAGAAAAAGAAGAACUCCUUCAGAAAAGCUUCUACAGCCAAAAUGAGCAACGAAGAAAUUGAUGAAGAGCAAGAAAAUUCGCCUUUAAGUAAUGCAAAUUUGCUGAUUUCCGAAGAAAAGCAACCCUUCGUGUCCCUGAUGAAACAGCUGAUGAUACUGGAUGCUAAUUUGCACAACAAAACUUACAAGUGGCGAGAGCAUAAAGAGUUGCUUCAGAAAAUCAGAGACAACAUUCUGCUGUUUCCAAUUCCCGAAGUGAGCUUGCUGUUCCAUGAGACCUUGAUUGAGUAUGCCAAAGAAGGGAUCAAGCCUCUGCAAUACACCAGCCUUGAAAUAUUGGCGGCGCUCAUUCUGUACAGUUACGACCUCGAAGAAGCAGACUCCAUCAUGAAGAGCGUUGUCACAGAUUUGUCUACGGCCGACUCAUCGAGGCUGCAGUGACUGUUUGUGGACUUCUUCGAAAUCUGCUGAGUGUUGCCAUUUACAAUGUCGACCAUCGAAGACAAGCUAUUCGAGCCUUUGAAAGCAGUAUCUGAGACCCCAUAUCGGUCAGUCAAACUUCGAAUAAUCAAAAUGAUUCCGAACCUCCAGUAUCUGCUGAUGGACCCUGAGAUCCAGGAAGAGUUAAUCGGUAUGUUGUUGAGAUUCAGCGAGCAAGACAACACCGAAGUCCAAAUCAGAGCAGACGAAGCCAAUCUGACGCUGUUCAGGUUGAAGCAAGAUGCAAAUAAUUUAAGCAGAGAAGAACGCAAGAAGGCAGAAGCAGAUCGCCUUAAAAUAUUCGACGAGCGUGAAGCCGUGCUCCAGGAAGUUGUCAAGGUCAACGAGACCUUGAUCGAGGAGAGAGUCAAGAAGGAAGAAGAGUCCAAAUAAGCAAAAACGAGGAGACAGAAAGCGAGGUGUCAGUAGCCAAAAAAAUAGGAAAAUUAAAUAAAAGUAUCAAAGGAAAGCCUAAGCUUAGUUCAGCAAAGGUAGCACCUAAACACACAACCAAGUCAAGACGGAAUACUAUGAUAGUGGAGCCUAAAUCAACUGCAAGUAUAAUAAUAGAAGAAGCCAAGGAGUACUCAAAAAGGAAGGGAUUAUUAAGCCCAAAUGACAUUACAAAAAGGACACAGUCAGUGUCAAAAAGUGGUUCGAAAAAUUUCCGGAAACGAUCAGAUCCAUUUAGUUAAUACUCACACAUAAAUAACACUGGUUGUAUAUUUUAUACAUGUAAAGAGUAAAGUUAACU